AUGCCUCCUGUCCGCAAAAGACAAGCAAACCAGCCCGCACCCGCGGACUCAGACGACGGAACCCCCCAACCAAGCCCUGCCCGCCGUCAAAGAACACGCUCCUCUUCAGCCGCAGAGGAUGGCGGAAGCGGUGCACCAUCAAAUCUCGACGCGAUGGUCAAGAAGAUGGUCCGUCUCGCACUGGCAAGCGAGUACGCACGUCUUACCAUCCGCCGAACCGACAUUAAUGCCAAAGUUUUCGGCGAGCAGGGAACGCGCGAGUUUAAGGUUGUCUUUGAGCAAGCGCAGAAAGAGUUGAGGAGUCGGUUUGGAAUGGAGAUGGUUGAAUUGCCUGCGCGAGAGAAGACGACCAUUUCACAGCGGCGGGCCGCUCAAAAAACCGACAAACCUUCAUCCGGAAAUAAAUCCUGGAUCUUAACGACAACCCUACCACCAUCCUACCAAUCCUCCACAAUCCUACCACCAACAAAAGCCCCCUCCGCAAGCACAGAAAGUACCUACACAGGCCUCUACAGUUUCAUAAUAGCCCUAAUAAGUCUAAACGGCGGCUCCCUCGCCGAACCAAAACUAGACCGCUACCUCACGCGAAUGAACGCAGAAACACACACUCCCAUCGACCGCACAGACAAACUUCUCCAGCGAAUGAUUCGAGAGGGCUACCUCGUUCGAACGCGCGAGCUAGACGGCGGCGAAGAACAGAUUGAGUUCCUAGUCGGGCCGCGGGGUAAAGUUGAAGUGGGGACGAAGGGGGUGGCUGGACUUGUGAGGGAGGUUUAUGGGCGUGGGGUGGGAGACGGUAAUGCCAAUGGCCGGGUUCCUGGGUACGGGGACGGAGAUGAAGAUGUGUUGGGCGGGGAAAUGACGCAGAUUGAGGAGGAGGAGGAGGGAGGCGUUUGA